AUGAGCCGUCUUGAUCGUUUCCUAUUAUCGGAAGCAUGGGUGUCUAUGUUUCCUAAUUGUAUUCAAAUGGCUCUCUCCAGAAGUUUGUCGGAUCAUUGUCCUCUUCUUUUAACUAUUGAUGAUGAUAAUUGGGGGCCUAAACCUCUUAGAAUGUUGCAAUGUUGGUCGGAUAUUCCAGGUUAUGGUGAUUUUGUUAAAGAAAAAUGGCACUCGAUUCAGGUGCAAGGUUGGAGGGGUUUUAUUCUGAAAGAAAAAUUAAAAGAGUUAAAACACUGCUUGCGGAGUUGGCAUUUGAAUCAUACUCUUAACAUUGAUAGUAAAAUUCAGGAAGCUCAGGAUCGUAUGGCUGUGUUGGACGCUCUUGGUGAGAAUAAUUCCUUGGGUGACCAGGAGGUAGCCGAAAUCCACAUGCUCUCGGCUGACAUUCUGGCUUAUUCGAAACUCCAAACAAGUAUGCAGUGGCAGAAGUCUAGGGUUAACUGGUUAAAAGCAGGUGACGCUAACUCUAAAUUUUUUCAUGGUAUUAUGGCUUCCCGUAAGAGGGUGAAUUCUAUUAUUUCUGUGUUGGUUGAUGGAGUUAGUAUUGAGGGUGUGGAACCUGUGCGGCAAACUGUCUUUCAACAUUUUCAAAAUCACUUCAAGCGAAACACACAGGUGCGGCCAGACAUUGGCGGACUGGUGUUUAAGUCUUUAUCAGGUACGGAAGGGGCUGAUCUUGUUAAACCCUUUUUGAUGGAGGAGAUUAAGGCAGCGGUGUGGGAUUGUGAUAGUUUCAAAAGCCCUGGACCGGAUGUUUUGGCGAAUAGAUUGAGAAGGGUGGUGGGAAAUGUGGUGUCUGGUUCUCAGUCCGCUUUUAUAAAGGGUAGACAAAUUCUUGAUGGGAUUUUGAUUGCUAAUGAGUUAGUUGAUGAUGCGAAGUGUCAAAAGAAAGACUUACUUAUGUUUAAGGUGGAUUUUGAGAAAGCCUAUGAUUCAGUCGAUUGGGGUUAUCUAGAGGAGGUUAUGGUCAAAAUGAAUUUUCCAAGGGUGUGGCGAGUUUGGAUAAUGGAAUGUGUUACAACGGCAACCGCUUCCGUGCUAGUUAAUGGGUGCCCGACGGAUGAGUUUCAUUUCGAGAGAGGUCUCCGGCAAGGGGAUCCUCUUUCCCCAUUUUUGUUUUUGUUAGCAGCAGAAGGCCUUCAUGUUAUGAUGUCAACGGUGGUUACAAAUAAUAUUUUUACUCCAUACAGUGUGGGGGCGCAGGUUUCUGUGUCGGUGUCCCAUCUUCAGUUUGCUGACGACACGUUACUGAUUGGUGUUAAGUCGUGGGCUAAUGUUCGGGCCAUGAAGGCAGUGUUGUUGUUAUUUGAAGCCGUUUCAGGGUUGAAAGUUAAUUUUCACAAAAGCAUGCUAUUUGGAGUAAAUGUUAAUGAUUCUUGGCUUCAUGAGGCGGCGGUGGUAAUGCAUUGUAAACAUGGUCGGCUCCCUUUUCUCUAUUUAGGGCUGCCCAUUGGUGGAGAUCCGAGGAAAAUUCAGUUUUGGUACCCGUUGGUGGAAAGGAUACGUAGUCGGUUAUCAGGGUGGAAAUAUAAAAAUUUAUCUUUGGGUGGUCGGCUGGUCUUGCUUAAGUCUGUUCUGUCGUCUAUUCCGGUUUAUUACCUUUCUUUCUUCAAAGCUCCCUCAGAGAAUGGAGGUUUGGGGGUGAAAAGGUUGAAGGAGUUCAAUAUUUCUUUGUUGGGGAAAUGGGUGUGGAGGGUGUUGGAGGAUAGGGAGAGUUUGUGGAAUGUCGUGUUACGCGCGAAGUACGGAGAGGUUGGAGGGAGGGUGUGGUUUUGUGAGGGAGUCGGGUCGAUAUGGUGGCGUCAUUUAAACCAUAUUCGAUCAGGUGUGGGGUUGGUGGAUGCUACUUGGUUGUUGGAUAAUAUUGUUAGGAAGGUUGGAGAUGGGUGUACAACCACGUUUUGGGAGGAUCCUUGGUUGCUUGAUGUUCCGUUAGCAGUGUCUUUUUCUAGACUUUUUGGGUUGUCGGAAUUUCGAGAGGUUACGGUGAGGGAGAUGUUUUUGUUAGGGUGGGGGGUUGAUGGGGGAGCGUGGAGGUGGAGGAGGCGUUUAUUUGCUUGGGAGGAAGAGUUGGUGGGGGAGUGUGUUGUGAGAUUGGCUAACUUUGUUUUGCAGGAUGAUUUGACUGAUAGGUGGGUGUGGAGACUCCAUUCGUCUCAAACCUACACGGUGCAUUCAGCCUAUGCUUAUUUAACGGCGGUGGACUUCAAUAUCACUGCAGAGUUUACUCAAUUUUUAUGGCUUAAACCAGUCCCAUUGAAGGUUAAUAUUUUUGUAUGGCGUCUUUUUCUGAAUAGACUUGCAACAAAGGAUAAUCUGCGCAAGAGAAACGUUCUUGAGGUUUCUAAUGUGGCUUGUGCGGCUUUGUGUGGUAAGGAGGAGGAAAGAGACCAUUUGUUUUUCCAAUGUGAUCAUUAUGGCCGGUUAUGGCUUUUGAUAUCGAAUUGGUUUGGUAUUGUUACUGUGUUUCAUGGCACUUUAUUUUCACAUACUCAUCAGUUUUGUGCACUUGGAGGGUUCUCCAAGAAGUCUACGUCAGCUUUUACUAUUAUUUGGAUUUCGGUCUUAUUCGUUAUUUGGAAAGAUCGAAAUAGGAGGAUUUUUCAGAACCAACAUGAACAUCUCGAAGCUCUUUCUGAAAGGGUUAAACUUCGGACUUAUUGGUGGUUGAAAGCAAAUUUCAUCAUGUUUAAUUUUGAAUAUUCCUUUUGGAGACAAAACCCUUUACAUUGUUUACAGACUGUCUUGUAA